CACAGCCCGGCAAACUUAACGGAGCUGAAUGCAGAGCAGGUGAAACUCGGACAGCAGCAGGAGCCACUGAUCCAAGACGUUCCAACGCGGUGGAAUUCCACACUUGAAAUGGUCAAACGCAUCAUCCCCAAUCAAGCAGCAAUAAAAGCAACCCUGGAUCAACAGCAGCAUAAUCUCGUCAUGCUGACGCCAGCAGAAUGGGAUAAACUCCAGAGACUGGAGACCCUUCUAGAGCCCUGCCGGUAUGUGACUCAGAUCCUGGGUGGGGAGGCCUACGUCUCCUGCUCAGUGGUACUACCUGCCCUCUGCCACUUACACCGUGUAAUGGAAACUUCUGAUGAGGACCCUGCAUACAUGAUUAGAUUUAAGACCAAAUUCAAAGACGACCUAGGCUCUCGCCAAGAACACACCAACAAUGCAUGGCUCAAGAUUGCAACCGCACUGGACCCACGUUUUAAGGACUUGAAAAGUGUGCCCAAGGCAGACAGAGAGGAGGUGUGGACCAAACUUGGAGGCCUUCUGCGUGAAUCACCUGGAAGACCUUCACACACUACUGAAGAUGGGCCACCCAAGAAGAAAAUGAACCUUCUUCUACAGCUGGGCUCAGAUUCAGAAUCAGAUGAAGAGGUACAGCCUGACAGAGCCUUACACAGGUACAGAGCAGAGCCCACCAUUGAAAUGACGAACUGUCCCUUGCAGUGGUGGUCAUCUCAUGCAGGAGCCCAUGACAAGCUGGCUCCGUUGGCUCGGAAAUAUCUAGCCACUCCUGCAUCCUCAGUUCCCUGUGAAAGACUCUUCUCACUUGCCGGUCACAUUGUGCAAAAGAAGCGGUCAGCUUUACUCUCAGAAAAUGUGGACAAAUUGGUUUGCCUCAGUAACUGGCUAAAGGAUGAAUAGAGAAGCGGGCCACAUGUAAUUGUGUAGGCCAUGUUCUUUUGGUUUGAUAAAAAAGAGAAAUCUCUUUGUUUUUCCUUUGUUGAAGAUAAAUGGCCAAGAUGGCUAGUGUGUUACAGAAGGAGACACCAUCCUAUUUUGUUUUACUAUUUCAGUUUCAUUUAAAUAAGAGACGCCAUCCUAUUUUGUUUUCCUAUU